UUAUUAAAAAUAAAAUGGCGGAUAGCGCGGAUGAGAGAAGAAAGGCAGUAGAAGAUACCAGAGAGGACCCCGAGCCUCCUAGUAAGAGGAUAAGAAAAAUCAGUACAUCUGACGCGAGUAACGGAGAGGAAGGAGCGAGAGAAGAGGAGGAAGAAGUGGUGGGCCCUCUACCCACUCAAGCAACACUUGGUGACGGCGACAAGAAAACAAUAAGUCUUCCUUAUGAGUGGGUGUAUCUUGAGAACCUCCCCUCUGCUUCUAUGUAUGAGAAAAGCUACAUGCAUCGUGACAUCAUAACACAUGUCACGUGUACAAAAUCUGAGUUCAUUGUGACUGCGAGCAUUGAUGGUCAUGUCAAGUUUUGGAAGAAGAAGGAAGAAGGAGUUGAGUUUGUGAAACAUUUCCGGGCACACUUAGGUAAAAUAGAAUCAGUAGCAGUCAGUUACGAUGGAUUCUUAUUAAGCUCAGCUGGUGAGGAUAAAGCUAUCAAAGUUUUUGAUGUCAUCAAUUUUGAUAUGAUCAACAUGUUCAAGUUAGUCUACUCCCCUGGUUGCUGUGAGUGGAUAUAUUCAGGAGGCAUAGCAACACCAGCUUUAGCAUGGUAAGAGAGAGGAGGGGAGAGAAA